AUGGCUAGAUUAAAUGAAUCUACUGCACCUACCGAAUCUAUUGAAAUUCUUAAACGGAGAUUUGUGAGGCAAAAUCGUGAAAUUGCUCGAGUCAAUUCGAUACAGUCCCUUCGCAUCCGCAGCCUCGAAUCCGAAGUCUCCCACCUUUUGUCUGAAAAUGUAUCACUCCGGGAGCAGACUAUAUCCCUCGGUCAAGAGCUGGAAAGAUAUGAAGCAGUCAAAAUGCUACAUGAUGGUGUAUAUGACAUCAAAGCGAAGCUAGAUAGCAAACUGGCGGAGCUUGGUAGCUUGGUAACGGAUCUGGGGGCACUACCACGCAGACUUGGCAAACUAUGCGACGAACGAGCAGAGUCUACCGGCCCAGGGCAUUCGCGAUUGUCAAACUUGGAUUGGAGACGCAGGGCAACGGACGCUGAAUACCAUGCUGUCACUGAAGAUGGAAAACUUCCAGUGAUACUUGAAGACAAGUGCUACCCACGGAAGACAUUAGAUCCCCAGGAGCUGCGCGACAUCAUCCAUAAUGAGGAAUGCUCUCCAAGAUCGCCUGAGAUAGAAGAAGUCACACCAAUUGAGAAAGAAGAGGAACGCAUUCACUUCAAUCCAGAGCUUCCAGAGGGUCUGGCUGGUUAUCAGAUAAUGGACACCGAUGCUGAAAAGAUCGGUACCUUACUUCCUCCAACUCUCGAAACGAGAAAGAAGAGAAAACCUAGCCCUGUCGCAGUGAACAAGAUGGAACGUGCCUUCAGCCCUGACGCGGUUCCUAUGCAUCACGACAUGAACCUCUCACUGAAAUCAGGAGCCAAGCGAAAAUUUAUGUCGGAAGAAGCCGAGUUGUUUUCGUCAGCAGCAACGGAAGAUGGCGAUGAUGAUUUUCAAUAUAGCCGAGCUAGCCAUCUACAGAGCCCGGAAGACCAUCACACAUCCAUAUAUGAUGAAUUUUCGCCGUCUAAAACCCAGGUAGAGAAAGGGGGGGGGUCGAGGGAUCGUGGUUCAUCCAAGCGAAAAGUGCUUGAGCCGAAGAGCACAAACAUCAACGCGGCUCUAUCAAAACGGGACCGGGCUGUACGGGAUCAGAAAGCCCAGGACAAAGUUCACCUACAGGAUACAGACUGUCAAUAUUCAACCAAUGGAAGAAGGGAAAUGAGCAACCAAAAAAAUGGAAUGAAUGCGGAGCCGCUCGCCCAUGACGUUAAUCGAUCAGCCACAGAAGAUGACAGCGUAAAGCAUUCUGUUGAGUGCCGAACAUCGAAGCAAAAUUCAUCAUCCGCACCAGAAAUACCUGAAGACGAGGCAAGCUCUAGUGCGUUGAGUGCAACCCGGCCCACAAGGCGUCAGAGAUCUGUCGUCAGCUAUGCAGAGCCCAACCUCAGAGACAAAAUGAGGCGACCUACAAGCGAGUUUGCGGAUGCGGUUACGGGUGGUAACCCUCGAAGAAGGUCGAACAUCCAAAGCUCCCACCCGAAUGCUAGCGAUGGGGGGGACAAUCAGAUAAAUAAGGAUUUGAGCAGCAAGCGAAGCUCUUAUCACUUUGAGACAAUCGACGGUGUUCAAAAUCCCUCUUUUGAAAUACAGGAGGAAGAUGUCGCUUCUGGGAAUCCAAUGACCACGGUUUCCCAGAGGAAACGCAAGACUUUACCUGCAAGCAGCGACGGCCCCUCUGUUGAGGCCAUGGCACCGACACAUCCAACACGACAUCGCAGUAUUUACAACGGGCAACUGACCGAUAACGAAGCUAGUCUCGAAAAUGAUCUUGUCCAGAAAAAUUCCGCUUCAUCCGCAAAGUCAGCCACCAGAUACGCUCGACGUCACUCAUCAAACCCUAGGGGACAAAUCCUUGCGUCUGAGAGUGGCACUGGUUCGACCGGAGAAGCCAAGCGCGACCAAAGUCGAGUAAAUCCUACAGGUACAUUGGCAUUGGAUUAUGACGAAUCUAUGUUGGCUAUAUCAAACAAUACUUCUCUGGGGCCAGAAGCAUGUACGCAAUCAAUGAACUCCCAGACAGAUGUUGAACGUGGCAUGGUUUCAGGGACAGAUGGCAGAGCCAGGCGUACAGGUACCAGGAGAAGAAGCAUGAUGAUAUAA